GGCGCCAAACGAGCAUACGUGUAACUUCGUUCCCAACGAAAUGUUUACAAUCGAAUUGUGAAAGAUAAACGAACAAACGAUCAUUAUCGUCGUCGUAAUAUAUCGUGACAAUAGCAAUUAUUUUGUUUUUAAGACACACUAUGUACUUUCUUUGUAUCGUCAUUUUAUUUUUUUAAACCAUUGCGAUGUCGGAACCUGGAUUAUCUUUCGACGAGGAAGUGCUUUCACCAGACGUUUUCGAUGAUGUAGACAUGACAAAUAACCCCGAAAAUUCCGAUGAUUCACGCUCGAUGUCCAUUGAUGCUAACGAACCGGAACCUUCAGAUGGUGUAUUUGAAUGGAAAGGCAUGAGCAUGGACGAGAUUCGAAAAGGCUUGGGUAUAUAUGAUUGCCAAGAACUUUCUCCCAUAGUUCCUUCUAUAUCUCAUACAGUAUUAAUAUUGUUACCAUUACCUGCUCGUGGAACACCAAAACCUUAUCCUGCACAUCAAGUGGAUAAAUGGUGCCAGGGUUAUGUACGAAUGCCACAUUCCAAACAUAAUGUAUAUCCAAUAGAUCAGAAUAAAACUCCUCGUUGCCGAAAUAGAUGGGAAAUAAUACAGGAAUCACUACUUAGGAAUUUUGUUUCAACUCAACAACUAGAAAGUGCAAUACUUUCUUAUAAUCACAUAUAUGCACAACGCUGGGACUUUGCAGCACUGCAUCAUUUCUUUUCCGAGGUAGCUGAUGAAGAAGAAACAAAUAUUUUCUUUGCUGUACUAUUGCCAAAAAUGAUUCAACUUGCUUUACAACUUCCUGUUUUGGUAACUGGUCCUGUGCCUCUUUUGAAACAUCACACUAAUGCAGCAAUCAGUCUUAGCCAAUUACAAAUAGCCUCUUUACUGGCUAAUGCAUUUUUCUGCACAUUUCCAAGACGUAAUUCGACUAAGCCGCAGUCUGAAUAUGGAACAUACCCACAGAUCAAUUUCAAUAGGUUGUUUUCAGCAUAUAAAGAGGAAAAGUGGAACAGGUGCGAGUCAGUAAUGGAAAAAAUGAAAUGUAUAGUACAUUAUUUCAGAAGGGUGACAUCUACAGCCCCAGAGGGUGUAGUAACAAUUCAACGACGUUAUAUACCUAAGUCAGAUUGUCCGAAAUGGGGCGAACAAGUACAAAAACUUCCACCGUUACACAUUACAAGCAAAGGAACGAUAGAAACAGAAGGAGCUGGACUCCUGCAAGUGGAUUUCGCUAAUAAAUACGUAGGUGGCGGUGUUCUCGGCUUAGGAUGCGUACAAGAGGAGAUAAGAUUUGUAAUCUGUCCAGAAUUAAUGGUAACGAUGCUUGUUACGGAAGAAUUAGAUGAUACGGAAGCGCUAAUUGUUAGUGGCGUCGAGAGAUAUAGUACAUACAAAGGUUAUAGUAACACUUUUAAAUGGUUGGGUGACUAUGUUGACGAAACACCUCGGGAUAGCAGUGGACGACGACUGACAUCUGUUGUUGCAAUCGAUGCUCUUUAUUUUAAGCACCCGCAAUCACAAUUCAGUAUAAAUAACAUAACGAGAGAACUUAAUAAGGCAUAUGUCGGAUUCGUUGGAUGUGAAAGUAAUAGGAACAAUCUCCCUGCUAUAGCAACCGGAAAUUGGGGAUGCGGAGCAUUUCGCGGAAAUUCAAAAUUAAAAGUAUUAUUGCAGCUAAUGGCUGCGGCUGUAACAGGUCGAAGUAUGGUUUAUUUUACUUUCGGAGAUACAAACUUACGAGAUGAUAUCGCCGAAAUGUAUUCGCAUUUUGUAGCACACGAGACAAACAUAGCCCAUAUAUUUUCUUUAUUGAUACAGUACCAAGAAUUCGCUCCAACCGGGGAUUUGGAUUUUUAUCAUUUUUUACAUAAUCGAAGUAAAAUAAAACCUCUGUCGCAGUAUUUAAAUAAAAAUCAGCAAACAAAGAUUUCCGUGGUGAAAGAAGAUAUUUUUAAAACAAGUAAAAGCGUUAAUAUCAACGACAAGCAGUCUUUUCACUUUAAUUUUAAACGACAACAAACGGAAGAAGAAAGAAUUCAAGAAUGGUUAGCUAAUUAUGACGAAGAUAUUGUAAAUAAGGAGAAAACGGAAUCCGUAAAGGAGGAGUACGUCGAAGUUAAAAAUAUUCUGGGAAAAGAACAAAUUGAAAACAGCGAUAGCAUAGAUGAAAAAGCGGAUCAAGAUCAAGAUAAAGUUGAUACAGAGAAGAAAAGAAAGCCAUCUUUAUGGAAAAUUUCAGAAGACACGGGAAAAACUAAAAUGAUUCACAAACAGCGACUAUCUGGUCUCGAAGUAUUAGAUACAAACCAAGAGCUUUCUCAUCAGGCAAGUAACAAUUGCGAUAUAUUACCAAACGACGAGGGUCAACCAACAUCUACCGAAUCGAAUCACACAUGUAAAUUUAUUCAAAUUUUAAACGAAACAUCUACGGUAUCCUGCAAACGCAAUUCAUCGACUAAAAAAAUUGGACAGACAACAAUUACAGAUUUUUUCCAUUAAACAUCGCGAAGAUACUGAAAUAUUUAGGACUAAACGUUUCUUUCAAAGAUCGUUUAACAUAAGAUUUUCUUAUCACACGUAUUUUGUAUAUAGGAAACUACUAGCAAAUUAAAAAGUUAUUGUAAAUAAAUUUGCAAAUAUACUGACAUCUGUUAUUGCAAUCGAUGCUCUUUAUUUUAAGCACCCGCAAUCACAAUUCAGUAUAAUUAAUAUAACGAAAGAACUUAAUAAGGUAUUGGUUGUACCAUUCAUAUGCAGAUUAUGGUGACAUCUUCAAUUGGAAUCUGAUCGACGAUCAAUGUAAUUACAAGAUAAUAAAUCGCAAAACUGUUUUCGUUUC